UGUUUGAUUGAACAGUUGGUUCUACAUCUUACGUAUGCAAUAUUACGAUCAUAAAAUCGGUUGGCUUUCCUUCCCGUUUCAUUGCUUCUACGCCUCUGCCUCCCAAAGGUCACAGGUCGUUCUAUCCAGCAAGGAAUCUCGAGCACAUGCUCGCAGGGUAUUCCCACCAGAAGCUUGGAAAUAGUUGGAACUUUUGCGGUCCUGGCAUAUACGUACCAAAGCCAUGUCUUUCUUAUAUUAAAGCCACAAGAAGUCUUCGUGUUUCGUUCACAAACUUAUAGCAACUUCACAUUUGGAUUAAGUGCCACUGAUCUCGUUCAACUCGAGUCUGCCUAUGAUUUCGUUAUCUAUAUCUCGAGAUCAGUCAUUCAUUAAAUACCCCCCUAAACUGUAAGAUCGAAAAACCAUUAAGAAGAAUCAAGAUGACGAACCCUACGACCGACAUCGCCCUCAAAAACAACACGGGCUCCUCCGAGGCCUACGCGUACAUCACAGGUCUUGAUCUGAACCAGAACAAUGUCCCCUUGUUCAUCCAGUCCGACGGCAAGACCGUGUACCACCCCUCCUCGCCCUCUGCGACGCAAUCCCCCCUGGAGGCCGACAUCGCCAUCUCCCUCGGCGCCCCCGGGUCCACGACAACCGUGACGAUCCCGCAGAUUGCCGGCGGCCGCAUCUGGUUCAGCACGGGCUCGAAGCUGACGUUCCUGCUGAACCCGGGCCCCGCCGUGGUCGAGCCGAGCGUGACCAACACCGCGGACGCCAACUACAACAUCGUCUGGGGGUUCUGCGAGUUCACGUACAACACGCAGCAGCUCUUCGUCAACAUCUCGUACGUCGACUUCGUGUCCCCGCUGCCCAUCGCCCUCGAGCUGCGCAACACCGCCGGCGACGUCCAGACCGUCCAGGGCCUGCCCGCCGGCGGCCUCGACACCGUGUGCGAGCGGCUGGCGCAGCAGCACGCGCAGGACGGCGCCGGCUGGGACCGGCUCAUCGUCAAGGGGCCCGACGGCAAGAACCUGCGCGCGCUGAGCCCCAACAGCGGGCGCGUCGUCGACGCCACCCUCUUCGACGGCUACUUCCAGCCGUACGUCGACGCCGUCUGGAGCAAGUACGGCUCCGCCGACCUGACGAUCAACACGCAGGCGUCGUGGGGCAACGUCACGGGCCGCGUGCAGGACGGGUCAGCGCUGACGUUCGCCAACGUGGGCUCGUUCGCGAAGCCGAGCGCGGGCGACAUCUUCAGCUGCUCGACGGGCCCGUUCGGGAACUACCCCGCCGCGACGCGCGACGAGAUGGGGGCCCUGGGCGCGCGCAUCGCGGCGGCGCUGAACCGCGCGACGCUGCUCGACAACCCGACGCAGCCCGACGCCGAGGUCGUCGCGAACUACUACGCCAAGACGCCGACGAACCACUACGCGCGCAUCUGCCACGAGACCAACAUCGACGGCCGCGGGUACGCGUUCCCGUACGAUGAUGUGGUGCCGUCGGGCGACGCGGGUCCAGACCAGGCGGGCACGGUGUUCGAUGGCAGUCCCGAGCUGCUGACGGUGACGGUCGGGGGCCCGGCGUCGUCGUCGAAUGGGCCGGCGGUUGGAGGGGGGAGCGGGAGCGGGAGUAAGGACGGGGAAAAGGGGGGCAGUGGUGGGGAGAAAGGCGGGAAGAAGACGCCGGCUGCGGGCUCGGGAUUUCUGAGUACCAUUAAGAGCUGGUUUAGUGCGCUGAAGAGGGUGUUGCAUAUUAAGUGAGAGAGUGAUGAGAUCCGCAUUAUCGUUGUCCCCCUAUUCCUGUCCAUAUUCCUAUCCCCUAUCCCCUAUACCCUUUCCCCCCUCCCCCGGCAUGGCAUAGCAUCGAGCAUUGUGUUCUGCAUGGAAAUUCGGUGUCUAGGAUCGGUCGUUUUCAUCUCCCUAGGUUGGUCUCUUUUCCAUUUUCUUUUCAUGGGUGUUCUUGCCCCGGG